AUAUAAAUGAGUCUACAGAUAGAGGAGGUUAAGUCUACCGAACAGAUUUCAAACCGGAAGGUAAUCAAACAGAAGUAUAAGAACAAAUAAAGGCCAUACAGUGAUCAAGGAGUUUAAAGUAAGCAGGAAUAAAGUGAGAGCAGAACGGAAAUUUAGUCGAAAAACUCCAAGAAAAGAACCCAAAAAUAAAUUGACUCUAAAACUUCAACGCUCCGAACGAAUUCAUCUUCCAGACUCCUUCACAACAGGCCAAAAGUCAGUCAAACCACUCAAAAUCGCUAUAAAACCUCGUAAUCCUUCGACUCGCUUACGGCAUCCAAAGUCUCCUUCUCAGCCUCCAAAAUCUUUUGGACACAGGAAGUUCUUCACUGGUUCUUUGAGAGACUGUAGUCGUCUGGGAAAGAGGAAUUGUGCAGAAUGCAAGGGAAAUGACUGGGAAAGGAAAUGAGGGUUACUACCAUCCAAAAACUCUUCAACCCCAGUCCGAACCAGAAAUAAGCAAAGGAAAGAGAAGAUUACAAACAGAUUUUUUUAGUGUUAAUGAUGCGUAUACCCCUCAAGUUGCAGCAGAUAAAAGCUGAGACACAGCACUAGGAUAUAACACAAAUCAUAGCAAAGCCAUAAAACGAAGAUGUAAUCUAAAAUUCAAUCAAAAGCGCUUGAAUAGCACACUUGACGACGAUAAGUAUCCUCCAAAAUUUGUCUAUCAACAUUCUGCAGGAGAGACACAUAUUCAAAGUCAAAAAUAGAAUAAAUGGACUACAAAGACCUUGGUCUAGUCACCAAAAGAUAGUUCAAAAAUCUUUAAAAAGACCAAAACUCAAAAAGAAAGCUCUCAGGUUACCUCUGAAAGCAGACAUUAAGCAUUUCAAUAAGUAUACCAUUACUAAAUAAAACGAUUGAUAAGGAAAAGGAAGGAGAGAUUAGUUCCAUUAAGGAAAGUCAUCUUCAUUAUUUCUAGGAAACCGA